AUGGAUGCCGAACUUGAGUUGGACUUCACUUACUUUGAAACGGAGUAUUGCCAUGACUACCUAGAGAUCUUCAAUGGGCCAAGCACCUCCUCUCCCUCCAUCGGAAAAUUCUGCGGGAGCACAACACCAAGUGGAUUCAGGUCUCAGUCGAAUAGUGUAUACUUUGUCUUCAAAACAGACUAUAGCAAUACAUAUCGGGGUUUCAGCCUGACCUACAUGUUCAUCGGACAAGGGUUUCUUCGGGAAUUAACGGAUCCAUAUGGCGUCAUCACAAGCCCUUAUUACCCAUUGGAUUAUGAAAACUACAAUGAUUGUGAAUGGGCCAUCAGGGCACAAGAAGGCAAAAGGAUCAAAUUGGACUUCACUUACUUUGCAACGGAGAAUUGCAAUGACUACCUAGAGAUCUUCAAUGGGCCAAGCAAAUCUUCUCCCUACAUCGGAAUAUUCUGCGGGUGGACAAUACCAAGUGGAUUCAGGUCUCAGUCGAAUAGUGUAUACUUUGUCUUCAAAACAGACGGUAGCAACACAUUUCGGGGUUUCAGCCUGACCUACCUGUUCUUCACACAAGUUUCAAGUGUGGCAAUUGGCAAGACAGCGAUUCAGACGGACACGGCUAACGAGGGUUGGUCGUUUCUAGCUGUUGAUGGAUUGACAGACACAUGCUCAACGACAACGUCCAUUAAUGCAGAAUGGAAGCUUGAUCUGACUGAGUAUUACCUCAUCGAAGAAGUGUCCAUACAUUCUUCAGUUGAAUCAAAAUCCUAUGAAAUCGAAAUGGGACUGGCACGUGGUAAGUACGAGGCUGCUGCCAUCCUGAGCCCAUCUGCAUUCAGCUCAGCCACGUGGAGACCCACCAGCAAAGGUCCUUACAGACAUGUCACAGUAAUGGCGAAACCACAAAAUCAACCUCUUACAAUCUGCGAGCUCCAGAUCAAAGGAUCUGAACAACCAAAGAAACCUCGUGAGUCAAUGUCAUAG